AUGCCUACUAGAUACGACACGACGCCGCCCUGGGGCAAGAAACGCAAGCGUGAGCCCUCAAUCUCUGACAGCUCGACGAACCGAUCAACUUCUCCUCCACUAGUGGAAGAAGAAGACACCAAAGGCCUUCAGACCGUGAGCCAUGAUACUCGCCGACGACCAACUCCUUGGGCAAAGUACAGUGAUCCUCUUAGUCCGACUUCACUGCCUCCCCCGGCGGAAAUGAAUCCAGCUGGCGCCGGCGACGACGACGAUGACGACUUGCAACAAGCAGCUAAAGACAUGUUUGACUGGACUCAGUCAGACCGCCCCGCCGAAGACUCGCUCGCUCACAUGGAACGCAUCGUCAACCUCUGUCAGCAUGAAGCAUCAUGGUCCGGUGACAAGAGGUGGAACAAAGUUGUAGCAGCCUACGAAUCUUGCGGAGCUACACCAGACGCUGUCCAUGAUCUGAAAGAUGCCCGCGAGCCCUUUUGGUCCCAGUCUCGCGUCAAGCAUGCCUCUGCCAGUUUGGCCACACCCAAAGCUCUGGCCGACUCAAUCCGCACGAUGCUCGCUGAGAGCGAGAGACUGCACGGCCAUUACCUCGACAGAGAGGUCAAGCAUCAAUUGAUCAAGGCUGUCGAGCGGGUAUUUCCUCGCACUCGACCCAAGAUCCUGGUACUGGAAGACAGCCCAAAGCAACAUACCUCCAAAUCUGCAAGACAGAAUCAAGUGUCCGUUGCGCCUGUCGCCCAGAUGACCAAGAUUGUUCACCCUUCGCCUCAAUACAUCGUCCCAACUGCUCCCAAGCAAGCUCCGUCGGCACCAUCAGACUCCUCAAGACCUCCAGGCUGGGCACUGGGCUCAAUAAAAGAUCCCAAGCCACGAGCUGACAGUCUCGCCGAUGCACUGAACUCUAGAAAGUCUUCUGCCGCUACCCUGAUAAUAUCGAGUCCGCCGCAAUCUUCUCUCGAGUCGCCAGCACUGAAUACCGACUCUUCCGAACUCGUCAGGCCCAAACGUCCGAGUCAUUUCGCCCCUGCAGCUACUGAGUCCUUCAGGAAUCGCGACCAGCACACCGUUCCGCUGGCUUCUUCGAAACCGGCCAUACUCCCAAUUCAGUUCAAGAUCGCCGCUGGCUCGAAUGAGGCUCCUCCGAAACGUCCUCGAUUAGAGAUCGAUGUUGACCUCCCUCGUAAACACCCCGACGACCUCUUUUCAACCCCGUCAUCGCCUGAACGCCGCAGAUCAUCAGCUCUCGCCACCAAGAUCCAGCCCCCAACCGGUCCGCGUAGUCUGCCCCGGUUCCUGGCUAAGAUUGUCCCUAAGGAACCUCUCGAAGACAGAGCAAAGCAAAAGCAAGAGAUCCUCCAAGCUUGUGAUUAUAACAAGAUUCCUGUUCAAGACGCCACUUCCUGCCCUGCCGAUCAUCGCACAUGGAUACUUCAUUUCCAGGAUUCAAGAGACUUGCAAUCCUCUCUUGGAAAGAUGGUCUGCUUGCGCGACAUCAGCACACCCCUGCUCACAUAUGCGCCCAACCAGUCUUUCCAGGUCUUUGGCAUUGCCGAGAAACCUUCUUUUCUUACGCCGCAAGUUGAAACAGACAUCAUCAAGACGAUUGCUCGCACACUACACCCUGCAAAGUUUAUCAUGCACAGGCAAAAGAGUCAGCAAAGAAAAGCCAGAUGCACUCAGAAAUGGAUAGUGGUUUUUGAGGAGCCCGUGGACCGUGAAAACUUCACUCUGGACAUGAAGGUGGAUGGGCGCCACGAGCUGUUCGACUUCUUCGGACUGGACUGCUCGGAAGAGGUCAGGCAGUGCUGGGUCUGCUCAGAGAGUGGCCAUGUUGCCCCCUCUUGUAUACAUUGUACGGAGUGGGUCAGGCCUGCGUACAGCGAUAGCCAUUAA